AUGUCUACAUUAGACGCACAAGCACAGUCCAGGCGGCACAGGGGCCGACCAUGCAAGGACACUACCGGUACAGUUGACGCUGCCCGCCGACAGCAAAUUCGCGAAGCCCAGCGAACAUACAGGUCACGCCAACAAGGCCUUCUGACCUCUUUGAAAGAGAGAAAUUCGCAAUUAGAGUAUGCUCUGACUCAACUUGCUCAGAUCAUGCAGACCUUCCGCAAGGUCCGGUCAGACCCAGUUCUCCCGCAAUCUGGACUUCCGGGAGCAGUCGAACUGCUCGAGGACGAAAUUGCGCGGCAGCUAAAGCGAGUUGGUGUCACACCUGGGUGCUCCAAGUCUAGUCACUUUACCCAGUGUUUGGAUUUCCAAGAGAACUUGCAGCAACGACUAGCUCAACCUUCAAGUUCCCUCGGGUCGGCGGUGAUUCCGUCCUCGCCACCCUCUAUCUCAACGAAUUCCGAAUCUCCUUUCUGGGCAUCGUUCCUGCAAACAUCCCACCCACUUAUUCCAGGUGCUUGUCCGAUGACCUUUGAGGCCUGUGUGCCCUUAUCUACAUUCACGAUCGGCACCCAUGAUCGACCGAUACCAUACACAACCACUCAAUUUACGCAAAAGCUUUUCCGAGCAUGUGCGAGGAGCGGAUAUCGCCUUCUGACAUGCGAAGCCGUUACUGAUCACGAGAUGUGGCAUGAAUUCGGCCUCAUGCUUCGAAAUACACCGAGGAAGGAGAUCAUCGCAUACUUCCAGCGUGUCUUGGCCGUUACGCCUUGCAAUCCUAUUGAGGAUUUUCGAUUCCCUUAUAUCUGCCUCGGCGGUGCGGGCACUCAUUUCCCUCGUGAGCGGCAAAUGUCUAUCGGAUUUUCUGGAUUGCAGAAUUUGCUGCCUUUUCAGACUACAAAUGGUAUCAGGGAGGUCUUUUCGGAGGAAGAGUGGUUCGAUGUUCACGAUGUUGAAGGGUAUCUCGCGGCCCGGAAUAUCCAGGUGAAGAACGACGGUCCUUCCAAUCUCUCAACGGACACGCGCUCUAUUUCUUCCGGGCUCUCGUCCUCCGAUCUAGCGAGUUUCAAAGGUCAAGCGAUUGUGCACACAGCCGGCAUCCCGGAACAAAGAAGUGAAUUUUCUGCGGGACUAUCUCGUGCUCUCGCAAUAGCAGAUCGGGAAAUCGGUGAUCAAUUCCUGCCCCCAUUUGACCAUGAUACUUCUCUCAGCUCAACUAUGAGCGUUGAUGAAAAUACCAUCAUCAAGGGACUGAGCCGGCUUUGCAUUGGCAUCGGAUGUGCAGCCGCCUUCCGCCGUCGCGAUGUUGAGGCUUUCAUCGCUCACAAUGUCGAGUGGGCUCCCUGA